GGCGUGUCUGGUGAAGUCAAAGCGUCAGUCGUUCAGCGAGCCUUGGAUACGAUGGCUGCUCCGCUUUUGGUUCCCGCAGCUCAGUCGGUCCCGGCUCCUCCUCUCAUCGUCGUGUCCAUGGACGAUAGUGACGACAUCCUCCAAGAAGAAGAACAAGAGUCCGUCAACGAUGCUCUCCUGCCGACCAACAAAUCAGCAGCUCCUUCAACGGUGAUUGUCUCCACUCCGGCCGCCACUCCAUCAGCGCAGACGACUAUCGUCGUAGCCAAUGAUGACGGAUUAUCCAGCAGCAGUCGGUCGGCUAAAAGGAGCUGGUGGAACGGAUGUUUGAGGCCGGCCGAUCCUUGUGGUGUGAUUCAAAAUGGCCCUAGUAGUACUAAUAAGAAAUGCAAGAAGAAAUCGUCCCAAGUUCGAAUGGUCAACCAUCAAAACAAUUACGUGUCGGUGGUUUUGUCGGAAAACGAUCCGGCGGCGGUGGCUGUGAUGACGGCCGGCAAUAACGAGCGUUGCCCAUCGCCGUCGAGUCAACAGAAACCACAAGCAGCCCAACAACCACCACCACCAGCAGCAGCAGGAGCAGCAGGACAGCAGCCGAGAAGGAGAAUAUGCUGGUGGUUUCUUCUUUUGCUCCUCAUCGUUACCGUGGCUUGCCUUGCCUUUGUGGCCGUCUCACUCGUCUCCUUACUCCGCAAUUCCGGACAAGGUCAGUUGACAGGUGAUGCGACCGUUUGUUUUACAGAAGAAUGCGUGCGCACAGCUGCCUCGUUAUUAUUGGCCAUGAACCAAUCGGCCGAUCCGUGCCAGGACUUUUUCCAAUUCGCUUGCGGCACGUGGAAUAAGAAGCACCUGAUCCCGGAGGAUCGAUCCAGCAUUAGCACUUUCGAAGUGCUGUUCGACCAGCUGCAAAUCAUUCUCAAAGAUUUACUUCAAGAGGAAACCAUCCCCGAGGACAAUGAAACGACCAUCAAAGCCAAACUCUUCUACCAUUCGUGCAUGAACACAAGUCACAUCAGAGCGACGGGCGACAUGAUCCUUCGGCAAACUCUUCAGUCCCUCGGUGGAUGGCCUGUCCUGGAUGUUGGAUGGACGACCGGACAGGGCGCCAGUGUCGGAUCGGUAGAGAAUUUGCUCGGUCGACUGAGAGGAGAACUCAACCAAGGUGUCAUGAUCGAGCAAUGGGUCGGUCCCGACGACAAGAAUUCAUCCGUCAACAUCAUCCAGAUCGAUCAGAUGCAGCUCGGUCUACCGGGACGGGAUUACUACUUGAAAACCAGCAGCGCCCGCGACGUCAAGGCUUACCAUCGGUACAUGACGGAAGUGGCCGUUCUCCUGGGUGCCGACAAGCGCUACGCCUCCGACGAGAUGAAGAAAGUCCUCCUCUUUGAGACGCUGUUGGCCAACAUCACGAUCCCGGAAGCCGAUCGACAUGACACGGGGGCCAUCUACGAUCAGAUGACACUCGUCGAAUUGGAAUUGCGAGUUCCGGAAAUCCGUUGGCGCGAAUAUUUGAACGCCUUCCUGCCCGAUUUGACGGUGGACGACUCGGAGCCGAUCGUCAGCUACGCCAUGAGUUACUUCCAAGAGCUGGGCAAACUCGUGAUGCGGACGGAGCGUCGUGUGGUGCAAAACUACGCCCUGUGGCGUCUCAUCAUGGAACUGGUGCCUCACUUGUCGGAGGAUUACCUGGAGAAAAGGGCCGAAUUCCGGCGGGUGCUGACGGGAGUGUUGAGCGAGCGCAACCGCUGGAACCAGUGCAUCGACUACACCAACAAGAAGCUGGGCAUGGCCGUCGGGGCCAUGUUCAUCCGCGACAAUUUCAACCAGGAGAGCAAAGAAGUGGCCCUGGAAAUGAUUCACACGCUGCGGGAGGCCUUUAUCGACACGCUGGACGAGAUUGAGUGGAUGGACGAGGAGACGCGUCAAGUGGCCAGAGAAAAGGCCCUGGCCAUGAACGAGAGGAUCGGCUAUCCGGAGAUGUUGACCCAGCCGGAUCUGCUGGCCGAAGAGUACGGCUCGCUCAACUUUAGCGACAGCCACUUUCAGAACAUUCUCAACAUCAAGCGCUACGAAGCCGAGUACAACCUCAACAAACUGCGGCAGCCAGUGUCCAAGGACAAGUGGUCGACAGAGCCGGCCGUCGUCAACGCCUUUUACAACCCAAACAUGAACGACAUCGUCUUCCCGGCCGGCAUUCUCCAACCGCUUUUCUACAGCAGCCAAUUCCCGAAAUCUCUCAACUACGGCGGGAUCGGGGUGGUGAUUGGUCACGAAAUCACGCACGGCUUCGACGACAAGGGCCGCCAAUUCGACAAGGACGGCAACUUGAAGCAGUGGUGGAAUAAUGCAACGAUCCAGGCCUUCAGGCAGCGGACCCAGUGCAUUAUCGACCAAUACUCAAACUACGAGCUGGACGAUGUCGGACUUCCCAUUAACGGACGGAUGACGCAAGGUGAAAACAUCGCCGACAACGGCGGCCUCAAGCAAGCCUAUCGAGCGUAUCGGAAAUGGGUCGGACGCCACGGCGAAGAGCCACUACUGCCAGGUUUGAAUUUGAGCCACGAUCAGCUCUUCUUCCUCAACUACGCCCAGAUCUGGUGCGGAACUAUGAGGCCGGAAGACGCCCUCAGUAAAAUCCGAUCGUCGGUUCAUUCGCCCGGACCCAUCCGAGUGCUGGGACCGCUUUCCAAUUCGCCAGAGUUCGCCAGAGCUUACAGUUGUCCGCUUGGGUCUCCGAUGAAUCCGCAUAAAAAAUGUUCCGUCUGGUGAACAAACAUUUUCCUUCGAUGCGCACAUUUUUCUUUUGUUUUUCUAUCAUUUCAUUCUCCCAUUUGUUGAAAACAAAUGAUUAACCCAACAACAGACAAUGAGUUUAUUUUAUUAUAAAACAGUAAUAAUAAAAGGACGACCUCUGUAAAUAUAAUAAUAAUAAUAAUUUAACAGAUAGUACAACACAUCACAGUUUGAGUUGAUAUAAUCAAUAAAAAGGAGGGGAAAUGAAGUGAUCUGAAAUUCUCUCACUACGCCAUUUCUCACACCAAACAAAAAAACAAUUAAAAAUUAACGACCCCUUCCCCCCCCCCCCCC